AUGGAACAGACGAGAUCUUCCGCGAGAAGCAAUGACAGCAUUGUACUGACACCCGAGCGACAUGAUACGCGGCAAAACACGUUGCCGAUGGCGAUUGCAGCUGCUCUUCCACUGCGACUAACAGCGAACAAGAAGCCGCAUAAGCUGACGCCACUGGAGAAAAAGGAGCGCGAUCGACUGCGCAUGAAAGAGCAGUCUCAGCGUCGCAAGCAAGCGAUCAAGGAUCAGCUCGACCAAGCCAAUCGGUUCGCUCAGCAGAAAGCAUCAAGUGCGAGCUGGCAUCAACAGGAGAGACUGGAAGAAGAGCUGGUGCUUCGACGUUUGGAGCGUGAUGUUGUCGAGCCCCAACGCUGUCAUCCUGCUGCUGCAGGGUAUUGUUUCGAUGACACUGCACAGAAAUUCACUACAAGCUCGCCCGUGUUUGCGUCGUAUUCCUAUGCGCUGUGUCCGCCGUCUCAAGCUUCACGUUUUCAGCUGCAAUCUCGCUCGGGACUUCAAAGGACCAUUAUACGGACUGAAGCAGAGUAUCUCCAUCCAGCAUGUCACGGAUAUGCGAUGACCAAGCAUGACGACAGUAGCUGUAUCUCACCCGUGUUCUUCUUCACAGGCUUCGCAAAGAUUCCGCUGGAUAAAAUCGUCAUGAAGCAAGAAGAUGACUCGGACGAAUCUGACAAUGAGGAUGAAGAUGUCGCUUCGAUGUGCUUAGUGUGCAAGAAACCCACAGAUACACCAGGAUGUCCAGGAUGUUUUUCAUAUUCCAGUAAGAAAUACCUUGAAAUUGAGGUUUCUAAAGCUACCCAGAGACUCAAGACGCCGAAGACCACGUUUCAAGAACAAGAAGACCAACGCGCUCGACACAAGGCUUUACAAAGACAGAUCAUCAUCCCGCCGCUACUACCCAGGCUCAAUUCAUCACUAUCGGAGGCAGAUCUACUCCAUAGGACCCCGCAGAACGACGAACACAGCUUCUACUCGACUGUUCUUCCUGAUUUCCAAGCAAUCCGCAAGUAUAGAACACUCUCUGUUAACUUCAUCACACUCCACAUCAAGAGCUUGCCUGUCGGUCAGUUAAUCUCCUUGACCGUAGAUCUCAAAAGCUCGGUGUCGUAUUUGUACGAGCUGUAUCGGGCGAACACGGAGCUACCCAACCGACCUUUGCAUCUACUACUGCCAACGACGCACGGUUUGUUCUACCUCGACGAGCAUAUCGCGUCUGCUACGUACACAACAAACGGAGUUGUUAAUGGCAAACUUCUCCUCGAAGACUUCAACCUCCAGAAGACAACACCUCUAUACAGUGAUCGUGUUGACGACAGUAACACGAACAGCGAGUUUUUGCUCUUUGCGGUGGCCGUUCUGCACCCUCAAAGCACCCCGCGGCUUGUUCUGAACUACGUGCAGCAGAACUUCCACUUCAAGCCACCAGAAUGUCGAUCUCUGAGCCCACUAGUGAUAUCUGUGGACAGCAAGGACAACAGUGGCUUGCCCCAUUGGACUCGACUGGUUCCUGCUGCGUUCCUCCUCCCAAAAGCUGUGGACCAAGACGCAUUUCAAGUCCAGAUUCGACCUCAUAUCCACGCCAUGCACGUGUUCGCCAGAACGAAUUACGCUAUUAUUGCUGCAGAGCAACGUGAAGAGCGUGAACGACUGCUGCUUCUUGCACAUCAAGAAGCAAAGGCGGCCAAGCUCGCGUUGAAGAAGAAGCUUCGGGAUCAACAGACCGCUACUGUCUCCAUCAAGGUUCGACGAGCUUUGGCCUACUUUGAGUUCAUCUGUGAGAGUACGAGCAAUCCCCGUCGGCCUCGUGUUGCAGAGGAACGGCUGGGUAAGUUGUGGCAGUUCGUGCAGAUGCUGGAAGAGUGGAAGAUCCUCAAAGGUGGUCGCUUGCUGGACAUUGAGCGCUCGGACGUGACGCUGUCCUUGGUGCAGCAGCUAAAGGAGACCGCGUCUGUGGCGUUCAACCAGAUGAUGUUGAGCUCCAAGACUCUUAAGACUGACAAAGGUGGAGGCACACUGCCAUAUCCUGUACUCUGUCUGGAAGGUAGCGGCACUACACGCAAGCUCGUGUUGCGACUGGGCUCUAGGAUGGGCGUCACGCCGCAAGACGACCACGACUACGGCAUGGUACUUGAUAUGGACCAAGACUUCGAAGCACUUGAGAGAGAAGAACCUACGCGAGGAUAUAUGAAGCGGACAGAGGCACAAGAUGAGCAAACGGUCGGGACUUGGGAUGAUGCGGAAUGGAGACACAAAGGGAGGAGCUCGUCGACGAUGGCGCUGCUAAUUUCGAGCUCUGAUCUGCUGUCUCCUCCAUUCUAUCGGAUCAAGUGGCCUUUGAUCGUCAAGGCCUACAAGCUGGUGUUGAAGAAAGUAGCGUUAGUCAGCUCAAAGCUCGAUGAGUUCAACUCCUUAGCUAGAGUACUGCAAACUUCUGACGCGGUUCUCAGCAAGACUCAGCUUGCGAAGUGGCAGGCAGACGUGAAUCAUUUCCUCACUACUUUGCACGACAACUGCGCCAUGGCUCGAGCGGUGCAACGAGUGCUCAGUAAGAAAGGCGUCGCUGUGCUUAGGCGUCGAGCACAAGCACGACGUAAGCAGCUGCGAGACCGCGAGAAAGAGUUAGAGCGCUUGCGAGAGCUGCAACUGGAGCGCGACCGCCCGAAACUCACGCUGGCGCAGCAGCUUAAAGUCGCGUUCAUCAAGGAGAGAGCGCCCAAGUUGCGCGAGGCGGUGGAGCUUACGCCAGCCGAGAAACUGGGCGCUAAGACUGGCGAACUAUUGGGCAAAGCUGCUUCAGGGGUGGUCAAGGCGGCCCGCCAGGCCAAGAAGGAGUACGCAGUGCGCACGCUAUAG